AAAUGUCACCGUCACCAGGCACCCUGUUUGACAGCUGAGUUUGACAUUUCGCGUUGCUUUGCGACUUCUGGAGGAACGUCGUUUGGGGUUGAAGUUACGUAAAAUUCGCCUUUUGCUCAAGAAAAUCCGCAAACAUGAGCUUAAAGGCCAAUUACUACGACAAGCCGGAGGGGGAUGACCUCUUCGGCAAGAUGAUCGCCACGAACAAGUACGCACUGGCCGGUGGUCUCGGAUGGUCCACGGUCGAGGUGAUGAUGGUAUCGAAACCGAAGGGCUACCUGCCCACCAUUGCCCGAUACGUGUAUUUCACCGGCCCGUUCGUCGGUAUGGCAUCGGCCUUCACUGUCGGAGCGUACGCUGCCAACAAACUGCGCGGCCGGGAUGAUGGCUGGAACUAUGUUGCCGGUGCGUUUGCGGCUGGCGGUGUGUAUGGUGCCUGGAAGCGAAACGUUGUCGGUGGACUGGUAGCCGGUUUGAUCUUUAGCGUGGCCGGUGCCCUCAAGAAGCAGUCGGUCGACGAAGGUUGGGAUUUUUUCCCCGAGGUCAAGCAGCACGCCAUCAGUGCGGUCAAUCCGAACCGUUACGAUUUCACGCUGACGCAGGAACGUGAACGAGGAUGGACGAGCGGCAAGUGAGCGGUGGUCGUAGGAAGCGAUGCAAAGCGUUGUAAACCCGGUUCCGGCUCUGUUGUAAAGCAUGUUAGGCAAUAAAUACUGUGGAUACUAUCGCGCCGUGUACCCCUGGGAUUCGCGCGUGCGGUACGUGUAAAUGGAGUGUGAAAAAU